GCCCCCCAAACUUCAUUCUCAUAAUUUUGUGAAGAGACAUGGGCCAGUCCUUGAAGAAAUUAGCUCCUGGGCUAUUGUCGAGCUAUUUUAAGGCUAGGGCUUUAAAUUUUGAAGGUGUAGAUGAAUUGCUUGGACUGUUGUCAAUAUUGUCUAAAGAUAUUGGUGCCAGAGAAAGGAGUGAGGAAAACAAGGAAAGGGAAAUAGGCCGCAUAAUAGAAAGUAAGUAUGAAAAAUAUUUUGGAGAAGAAGCCAUCAAGAAAAUGCAUGCAGCUCAUGACCCCCAAUCUUCAUCACAUGAACCAUCGAAGGAAGAGAUACCCUCUGCUCCAUAUUUCAUUCGAGCAGUAUGCGAAAUUGUCCAAGAAAUUAACAUAAGCCUUAAGAGCACGCAACUCCGUCUCCCAGAUGCUGAGAAUCUCAGGGAAAUUUAUAUAAAGCACUCCCUGGACAAAGGAAAACAUCUGGAAAAGGAUGACUUCCAAAAGAUCAUCCAAGAAGUAAUAAUCCAUUCAGGGUUUACAGGUUUUGGCUCAAAAGACACAUUCCUCUUCAUCUUUGGGAUUCCUUUGAUCACAUACUUCAUCAAGCAACAAGUAGCCCCUAAAUCGAUCCCAAAUGAAGUCUUCAUACCUGGAGUCACCUCUGCCUCCGUUUACCUUCUUGCUAAACUUAACAAAAUAUGAGUAUUCAUCAUGUGUGUGGUGUUGUUGAUCAAUUGUCAGUGCCUUUCCAAUUCAUUUACUCAUGAAAAUCUGCUCGUUAAUUAUGACACUUUCAAUGCGAGAGAGUUUGAUUGGUAUGUAAAAAAAUGAUGUUUUCAAAUAUUAUCGACGAGACGAGAUCUCAAGCUGAA